GGAAUGCACAAAUCUGCCCUUCAUAUCUCUAUCAAAAAAGGAAUUCUCAAGCAAUACAAAGAAAAAGAGAUAACUCUGAUAAAGAUGCACUCCUCAAGGUUAUGCAGUCAUUCCAUUUGAUGGACCCUACGGCUCCUAGCUCAAGUGUCUGCAACGUCGCCACUAAAGACCGGGCAACCAAAGAAAUUCAGACAUCGCUCCUUGAAGCGAAGAAGCGCGGAUCAGAUCUGGUUAUCAACUUUGUUAAUCAGCGCCUUAUUGUUCAAGAGUCGUCUGAAAAACCUGUCAAAAGUUUUUAUGCUGGAAUACCAAAAAACUCUGCUUCAACUCUCUCAGACCUCUUCAAAGUUAAGGACACUAAAGAUCGGAAAAAGGUUGUAGAGGCUGACAGGGAUGUUUCACGUCGACUAAUUGUAGCUUUCGAAGUAGGCAGAAAAAUUGACUUGCCCUCCAUUUUGAAGCACGAGCUUCUUCCAGUACCUUUAUCGAUAGCGGAAAUGGAUGGCACCCUCAGAUCGUCUGAAAAAGCAUCGAUGAUAAAACUCGUUGCUGAAGGCGUGGAAUGCUCAAACUUCAUUAACAUUGAUCAGAACACUUCGCAACUAAUUAUAGACGGUCAAGCUUUAGCGGACCAUGGGAGCUGCUUCAGUCAGAAGGGACAUCACAAGUGCAGCCAUUCCACUGCCAAAAAUUGGAAGAAUUUUCUAGCACUGGGGGACAACAAGGCCGACCUAGCCCUUUUACUCUCUCAGGAAGUUCUCCAACAUGUCUUCAAUGACAUCGAAGUUGUUGUCUCCGGAGGACUCAUACAUGAAGAAGAUGUGCGAUCAACCAACCUCGAAUCCGACGUCAGUUCUCUAGCAGCGACACAUGAAGAGGCCGAUACACGCGUUGUACUAUAUGCUGUCCACUCUGAAGCUGACAACAUCGUCAUCAUGACCAGGGAUACCGACAUUUGUUUGCUGUUGAUCCAUCACUUUUACAAAAUGACCAGUUCUGAAGUGUGGCUGAUGAGUGGCACAGCGGAAGAAAGGAAGUAUUUCCCAAUACAUGAGAUUUGCAACAUUCUCCCUAAUGUUCAAAAGAAGAACAUCUUGGCGUUCCACACAGUUACGGGUUGCGACUCGACGUUUCACCUUGCAACGAUAACGAAGAAAGCAUCGUGGAAAGUCUUCAAUGGAACGGCCUGCCAACUUUUAGACAACCUAGGGCACUCUCCACUAACUCCCUCAUCAAAGGCGAAUGCAGAGAAGUUUCUCGUUCAGCUCUAUAAGGUGACUAAAGAUGUAUCUAGUGGGGAUGAAGCCAGAUAUAAACUUUUUGGUGUUGUGAAAAAGCCAGAAGCCUUACCUCCAACAAGCGAUGCGCUGCGGCUACACCUCCUAAGAUGCCAUUACCAGGUGAACGUGUGGGAAAAUGCUCAUCAUGCCCGACCGGAGGUGAUGGAUCCUGAGUCAUAUGGGUGGAGGCUUCACCAAGACGAGUACAUUCCCAUCCUUAUGACACUUGAGCCCGUUCCCAAAGCUUGCACGGAUAUUUCAACCUGUAAUUGUUUGUGCCACUGCCUGACAACAAUGUGCACGUGCAAGAAGAAUGGACUGACUUGCACCAAGCUGUGCCACCGCUCUCACCAAUGUCUUAACUCUUCAAAUGGUUGA